UGCAACUUGAACAUCCAAAGCCCAAAAAGACCAUUUUAGAAACACAAAUGACACACACAAAAGGACAAAUUCAUAAUUUCACACAUCUCAAGACCAAAAAAACUCAAUCCAAAAAAAAAAGGAAAAAUCAUCUAAUUGGCUAAUCCAGCUUUAGGUGGCGUUUACCACCAUCCAGCACCUGUCACCACCCUGAAAACCACUACUAACCACCCCACCAAAAUUACCAAACCACCCUUCCACCAUAAAUGCAAAAUCAAUCAUGGCUGACUUGUACUCCCACUAUUUUCACUACCUCUACUCGUAGUAAACUAUCACAAACUCCUCCUCCCUUAAAAUCUCCACCAUUUUCAGAAUCAAAACCCAGAAAUUUAGGAGAGAGAAAAUUCAACAACACUAGAAUUUUUAGGGCAAUGCCUGCUUCUUGUUCGUCCUCCAUUGAAGCAGCCUCUGGUGGCAAUCUUCGUAAUUAUAAGCAUACUCAGGCCUCUUUUCUUGCUUCUCUCAUGCCCAAACGUGAGAUCGCCGCCGAUAAGUUUCUCGACGCUAAUCCUCAAUACGACGGUCGCGGCGUCCUUAUUGCUAUUUUCGAUUCGGGGGUGGAUCCGGCUGCUGCUGCGUUACAAGUAACUUCGGAUGGGAAGCCAAAGGUUCUAGAUGUCCUUGACUGUACUGGUAGCGGGGAUGUUGACACAUCAACUGUGGUAAAGGCUGACGCAGAUGGCUGUAUUUGCGGAGCUUCAGGAGCACCAUUGGUUGUGAAUUCCUCGUGGAAAAAUCCUUCUGGGGAGUGGCAUGUGGGUUAUAAACUGGUUUACGAGCUAUUUACUAAAGAUCUGACGUCCCGUCUGAAGAAAGAGAGAAGGAAACAAUGGGAUGAAUUAAAUCAGGAAGCGAUCUCUGAUGCAGUAGAGAAACUCUCAGAAUUUGACCAGAAACAUGCUAAGGUGGAAGAUCCACACCUAAAACGGUUGCGUGAAGACCUCCAGAACAGGGUAGACUUACUACAAAAGCAAGCUAAUAGCUACGAUGACAAAGGACCUGUUAUUGAUGCUGUUGUAUGGAAUGAUGGGGAGUUUUGGAGGGUUGCUCUUGACACUCAAAGUCUUGAGGAUGAACCAGGCAAGGGAAAACUUGCAGAUUUUGUUCCCCUCACUAACUACAGGAUUGAAAGGAAAUAUGGCAUAUUCAGCAAACUAGAUGCUUGUUCAUUUGUGACUAAUGUGUUUGAAGAAGGGAAUGUUUUAAGCAUUGUAACUGAUUGCUCCCCUCAUGGAACUCAUGUUGCUGGGAUUGCCACUGCUUAUCAUCCCCAGGAGCCCUUGUUAAGCGGAGUUGCACCUGGAGCUCAGAUAAUUUCCUGUAAAAUUGGUGACGCUCGCUUAGGUUCAAUGGAGACAGGGACAGGUUUAACCCGAGCUCUAAUUGCAGCUGUGGAGCAUAAAUGUGAUCUUAUCAACAUGAGCUAUGGUGAAGCUUCUUUACUGCCAGAUUAUGGUCGCUUUGUCGAUCUAGUUAAUGAGGCUGUCAAUAAGCAUCACUUGGUAUUUAUCAGUAGUGCUGGAAAUGAGGGGCCAGCUUUGAGCACUGUAGGAGCACCUGGGGGAACCACAUCAAGCAUAAUUGGAAUCGGUGCUUAUGUUUCUCCUGCUAUGGCAGCUGGAGCUCAUUGUGUUGUUGAACCUCCGAAUGAAGGGCUGGAGUACACAUGGUCUAGUCGGGGGCCAACUGCAGAUGGAGAUCUUGGUGUGUCUGUAAGUGCUCCAGGAGGGGCUGUAGCUCCUGUUCCAACAUGGACCCUUCAGUGCCGAAUGCUCAUGAAUGGAACAUCAAUGUCAUCUCCUUGUGCAUGUGGUGGAGUUGCAUUACUCAUCAGCGCAAUGAAGGCCGAGGGCAUUCACGUUAGUCCAUAUGAUGUGAGGAAAGCUAUUGAAAAUACAUGUGCUCCCAUAAGUAGUUCACCAGAGGAGAGACUAACCACAGGGAUGGGGCUUAUGCAAGUUGACAAGGCAUUGGAAUAUGUUAGACAAUUGAGUGACAUUCCCUCUGUUUGGUAUGAAGUUAAAGUCAAUUUAUCUGGAAAGUCAACACCCACAUAUCGAGGUGUCUACUUGAGAGAGGCUAGUGCUUGCCAACAGGCUGCAGAGUGGACAGUUCAAGUUGCUCCGAAAUUUCACGAAGAUGCGAGUAAGUUAGAUGAUUUAGUUCCCUUUGAGGAGUGUAUUGAGUUGCAUUCCAGCGACACUACCGUUGUCAGGGCUCCAGAGUAUCUUUUCCUAACUCAUAAUGGGCGUAGUUUCAAUGUAAUUGUUGAUCCCACAAAUCUUGAAAGUGGGUUACAUUAUUAUGAAGUCUAUGGAAUUGAUAGCAAAGCACCUUGGCGUGGGCCUCUUUUCAGAAUUCCAGUGACUAUUACAAAGCCUAUGGCUGUGGUGAAUAGUCCACCACUGAUUUCUUUUGCAGGCAUGCAAUUUUGUCCAGGUCAUAUAGAGCGGAAAUAUAUUGAAGUACCACAUGGUGCUACGUGGAUUGAGGCAACUAUGCGUACAUCUGGAUUUGAUACAUCUCGUAGAUUUUUUGUUGAUGCUGUACAGCUUUCUCCCUUGAAAAGAUAUAUGAAAACAGAGAGUGUGGUCACAUUCUCAUCUCCAUCAGCUCAGACAUUUUCCUUUGCUGUAGAGGGUGGCAAGACAAUUGAAUUGGCUAUAGCUCAAUUUUGGUCUAGUGGAACAGGAAGUCAGGAAUUAACAACUGUGGACUUUGAGAUUGCAUUUCAUGGUUUCAAAAUUAAAAAUGAGGAAAUAGUUCUUGGUGGGAGUGAAGCUCCCACAAGAAUAGAUGUUGGAAGUCUGCUAUCAUCUGAGAAACUUGCCCCCUCAGCUACUCUUAAAAAGGUUAGAAUUCCAUUACGACCAGUGGCGACAAAACUUCAAACUCUCCCUACAAAUCGAGACAGGUUGCCAUCGGGGAAGCAAAUAUUAGCUCUUACAUUAACUUACAAGUUUAAACUUGAGGAUGGAGCUGAGAUAAAGCCUUAUAUCCCUUUGCUCAAUAAUCGCGUAUACGAUACAAAAUUUGAGUCUCAAUUUUAUAUGAUCUCAGAUGCGAACAAGCGUAUUUAUGCUUGGGGUGAUGUCUAUCCAGAAGCUGCAAGUGUGCCAAAGGGUGAAUUGACCUUGCAGUUAUUCUUAAGGCAUGACAACGUACAACUAUUGGAGAAAAUGAAGACUCUGGUCAUUUUUAUCGAGAGGACUUUGGAGAGCAAGGAAGUCAUCCAAUUAAGCUUUUAUUCUCAACCUGAUGGCCAUGUUACUGGAAAUGAUAAAUUUCAGUCUUCAAUCUUGGUUCCAGGAUCAGAAGAAGCUUUUUAUGUUGGUCCUCCAUCCAAGGACAAACUUCCGAAGAAUUGUCCUGAGGGAUCAUUGCUGGUUGGGGCAAUAUCGUAUGGAAGAGUAUCUUCUUCCAAGGCGAAAAAUGGAGGAGACCCUGAAAAGAAUCCUGUUCCUUAUCAGAUAUGCUAUGUGGUCCCUCCCAAUAAGACUGGUGAAGAUAAAGGCUCAGAUCUUUCUAUAUCAACUAACAAGAAAGUUGCUGAGCGGAUUGAAGAAGAGGUUAGAGAUGCGAAGAUAAAAGUUUUAACAAGCCUGAAACUGCAUAGUGCUGAAGAACGUGUGGAAUGGAAAAAAUUGUCCAUGUCAUUGAAGUCUGAAUAUCCGAAGUACACUCCAUUACUUGCUAAGAUCUUGGAGGGUAUCCUUUCUCAAGAUAACAUUGAGGACAAAUGUUGCCAUUUGGAAGAGGUUAUUAAAGCAGCUGAUGAGGUUAUUGAUAGCAUUGACAGAGACGAGCUGGCAAAAUAUCUUUCACAGAAAAUUGUUCCUGAAGAUGAAGAAGAAGAGAAAACCAAGAAGCAAAUGGAGACAACACGAGACCAGUUAGCUGAGGCACUUUACCAGAAAGGAUUAGCUUUAUCUGAAAUUGAAUCAUUGAAGGCGGAAAGAAAAGCAGAGGAUUUAGCUAGUGAUCAAGUCGGAGCUCCUCCAGAAUCCCAUCAAAAUUCAUUUGAAGCAACAUACAAGGAGUUAAGAAAAUGGGCUGAUGUGAAGUCAUCUAAAUAUGGAACUCUCUCAGUGAUUCGAGAAAGGCGUUCCAAAAGGCUGGGAACAGCUCUGAAGGUGUUGAAUGACAUCAUCAAUGAAAAUGGGCAACCUCCGAAGAAGAAAUUGUAUGAUCUUAAGCUCUCCUUGAUUGAAGAGAUUGGAUGGGAACACAUAGCUUCAUAUGAGCGACAGUGGAUGCAUGUCCGUUUCCCAUCGAGGUUGCCUCUCUUCUAAGGUUGUUUAAAAUCGGGCAACUUGUUGCUCUCUCUUUACCAAUUACAACGAUCCACUAUCGCCAUAAUUAAUACACUUGUGAAGCAAUUAUAGUUCACAAAUGCUUCACAAGUGUAGGUUUAGGGUUUGUGGAGUAAGGAGUCUGGUUGCUAUUGUACUCUUCAAGUAGUUCUUUCAAGGGGAUUUUUAGGGGGUUUGGGGGCUGAAUUUCUAUAUAAUAAGAAUUUGAAUUUGUAAUAAAAGUUAUAUUCCUUUAAGUAAUCAUGCUUAUUGAAUCUUUGUUGUGGUUUA